AUGUUGCGUUCACCAAAAUUCGUAUGGGCUACAUGCCUAAUCACACUUGCCUUGACCAUGUUUCUUGUCAUCUACACAUCCUCUCAGACCAUGAGUGUUCAACUACGAUUUAAUAUAAGCCCAACGAAACCAGCUACAACAGCACCUACCACAGCAACAAUUGAAAGUGUGGGGGGAAAAGAAGAAAAAUACAUUACAUUCUUGCCUCAUUCUGGCCUUCAUAACCAACGCAUCGGUCUUAUCAAUGCCAUGAUCUUGGCCAAAGCACUUGAUCGCACACUGCUCUUGCCUGACAUCAACAUUGGCACUGCGGUGUGGUGGAGAGCAACCCCAACUGCUGAAUUCCGUCUGGCCGAGUGCCCUUCCAUCAAGCAGAGAUCAAACUCCAUCUGCAAGGACUUCACCAAAUACGUGCCCGUUUCAGUUGAAUCUAUUUUUGAUCUAUCUGCCAUUCAUGCUGCCGGUGUUCGCACCAUUCAACGUUCCAGCAUGUCGACCCGCUAUUUUGAAGAGGCAUUGGGUGCUUCCGAACAAGACGUAUUCCGCCUGGAUGACAAUGCUCGCUACUCUUACCGUAUCUACGACUCCAAGGACAAUCAAGAUGAUAUUCGCACAUUUGGCUAUCGUGUAGACAUGGAAGACUUGCGCCAAAGAGAUGAAAAAGUCAUGGUAUUUGGCUCUUUGCAUUACACAUUACGUCUCGCACUUCAAGAUCCUUAUCUGUUGUGGUUAGCUCAGCAUUUGAGAGAGGAAAUCAGUAUCGCUCAUCCUAUUGUCGUACGUCAAGCUCUCAGUGUGGUUCCUUUGCUUGGUGGUCCUGAAAACUUUGUUGGCGUCCAUUUGAGACAGGGCGAUGGUUUCUUCAAGGCGUUGCAAGAUGAAACCUUGAAUACACUUCGAGCCACAUUGGAACAAACCACCUUGGAUCAAGCACAGCUGGAGCAAAUCAAGUUACAGCAAGAGCUUUUGCAGCCUGUCAAUACGCCCCUCUCGCCCAUGGACCAAGAACGUAUUGAUGCUCUCAAGGAAAUCGAUAGCCGCUCUCUCGACAAGACUGAUUUGCUCAACCAAUGUAUCGCAUGGCACAGCACAGAUAAUCAUCCCAGAUUACGUCUUAUCUACAUGGCAACUGACACACGCCAGCCUCGUACAACACUAAAAGCACUUUAUGACGAGUUUCCGUGUAUCUUUACUCUCUCCGAUUUUCCACAAGUCAUUGAAAGCACAUUGACCAUGUCUCCUAUGCUCACUGGUAACCAAGACAUCGAUGAUGAAAUGACUCUGUUAGAUGCCAAGGUAGCUCCUCUUUUGUUCCCGAUGAUUGAUGCUGAAAUCGCUUCUCAUGGCUCGCUGUUUAUUGGCACAAGAAAGAGCACCUUUUCUCAAUACAUCAACCACCGAUACAACCGUUUCCAAAAGAUGUAUCACUAUUAG